GCAGCGGUGCCGUGAUUGGCCGGAGCGCGCCAGCUGCACUACCGCUCCAGGGCUCGGAGGACGCGGUUUGACGGAAAUUCCGAGGAGAACAGAGCAUUUGAUCAUGGCAGACAUUGUGGUUGAUGAGUGUGUGGAUAUCUGGAAAUCCCACAAUGCACAGAUGGUGGAACCUCUUUGCACCAACGACCCACAGGUGUACGAGAUUAUUAAGAAGGAGAAGAGUCGCCAGAAGCUGGGGUUGGAACUCAUCGCCUCGGAAAACUUUGCGAGCCGAGCAGUGCUGGAGGCUCUGGGCUCUUGCUUGAAUAACAAAUAUUCAGAAGGUUACCCUGGCCAGAGAUAUUAUGGCGGCACAGAGUUUGUGGAUGAGGUGGAGCGACUGUGCCAGAAACGAGCAUUGGAUCUGUAUUCCCUCGAUCCAGAGAAAUGGGGGGUUAAUGUCCAGCCAUAUUCAGGCUCACCGGCAAACUUUGCCGUGUACACAGCUCUGGUAGAGCCACAUGGGAGGAUCAUGGGAUUGGACCUUCCUGAUGGUGGACAUCUGACACAUGGCUUCAUGACAGAGAAGAAGAAAAUCUCUGCCACCUCCAUCUUUUUCGAGUCCAUGCCAUACAAGGUAAACCCUGAGACCGGCUACAUUGACUAUGACCGAUUAGCAGAAAAUGCCCGUCUCUUCCACCCGAAACUUAUCAUUGCAGGUGUUAGUUGCUAUUCCCGGAACCUGGAUUAUGCCAGGAUGCGGCAGAUUGCGGAUGAGAACAGUGCCUACCUGAUGGCGGACAUGGCGCACAUCAGCGGCCUGGUGGCAGCCGGGGUAGUGCCGUCCCCCUUCGAGUACAGUGAUGUGGUCACCACCACAACACACAAGACCCUCCGUGGCUGCAGGUCUGGCAUGAUCUUCUAUCGACAAGGAAUCCGCAGGGUCGACCCAAAGACAGGCAAGGAGGUUAUGUACAACUUGGAAGGUCCCAUCAACCAGGCAGUCUUCCCGGGGCUGCAAGGUGGGCCACACAACCAUGCCAUCGCAGGGGUUGCUGUGGCACUCAAACAGGCAAUGACUGUGGAGUUCAAGGUCUACCAGAAGCAGGUUGUGUCUAACUGCAAGGCUCUUUCGACAGCGAUGAUGGACCUGGGAUACAAGGUUGUUACCGACGGUUCUGAUAAUCACCUAAUCCUGGUCGAUUUACGUAAACAAGGAACUGAUGGAGGCAGAGCUGAGAAGGUUCUGGAACUGUGCGCCAUUGCUUGCAACAAGAACACUUGUCCAGGUGACAAGAGUGCCUUGCGUCCCAGCGGCUUGCGGCUGGGGACACCGGCCCUCACCUCCCGGGACCUGCGGGAGAACGACUUCAAGACAGUGGCUGCUUUCAUUCACAGAGGGAUUGAGAUAACAUUGGAGAUCCAGAGGGACAUCGGGGCAAAAGCUCCCCUCAAAGAAUUCAAGGAGAAAAUGCUGACCGACAAGAACUAUCAAAACAAGAUCACUCAGUUGAGGGAGGCUGUGGAGACAUUUGCAUCCAACUUCCCAAUUCCCGGAUUGCCAGAUCUCUAAGUGGAGAGUCCAGUGUGGAAGCACCCAAUUGUUAAAAAAAAGAGAUCAAAACAGAAAUUGCAAGCAGUGCCACUGAUGACUGAAUAAAUUAAAUCAUUUUCUUAGUAAUCAGUUUUUCAGGAUUUCUACAGAUUUUUCCAUCCAUAGUGAUCAGUUUGACACUUCCCUGCCGUUCUGAUCUUUAAUUCUCCACUGGAUCUAUGGCAUAGAAACAGGUAAUUUGACCGACUAUGUCCAAGCCAGCCACUGGGUACCCAUCUGUAUUAAUCCUAUCUUCCAGCACUUGACCCAUAGCUUCAUUUACCUGCGCGAUUCAAGUGCUCACCUAGACACUUCUUCAAUGCUGUCAGCCACUCUACUUCUCCCGCUGUCUCAGGCAGUGUGCUCCAGUCACCUGCCUUCUGUUGAGACCACUGCCUUCGGUCACCUCCUCUGGUCAACCCCUGUCUUAUUUACAGCAGCAAUAACACUCAACGGGUCAGGCAAAAUCUGGAGAGAAAAACGAAAGUAACGUUUCAGAUCAAACCCCCUUCGUCAGAAGGGUUAACUCUGUUUCUCUUUCCAUGGAUGCUGCCUGCCCAGCUCAGCAUUUUCGGCAAUCGUCCUUAGUUCCACAAUUCAUUCCAAAACUUAUUUGUCUUUUCAAGUGCAUUCUUCAUUGUAGACAUUCCUUAAAACCUUUCUCUUCAGCCAAGUACCCAACUGCCACCAAUGGGUUUGAGGAUCAGGGCAUUGGACAGACUUGAUUAGUAGGAGAAUGGAUGGGUCCAGUUGAAGGGAUUGUUACUGCCCUGUUGGGGCUGAAUAAAAGGCACACAUUACAAGGGUCCCGACCCAGUGUUGAGAUACCAAAGUAUUACAUUCGCAGAAAAUCCCAAUGAUUGGCGCUCCCAUGACAAUUUAGUCUUUGUCCCCUUCACAAUGCUUUAAAGGCAAUGUUGGACAUCAUCGUGUGCAUUGGUCAUUCACACUAGGAAGUGCCUAGAAUUUCCACAGAGCCACAAAACAACCUGGAAAUGGCUAUAACUGUGUUUCACUCUUGAAAAAUGGUGUUUCUUAUUGGCAUAACACUGGGGAGGAAACAAAUUCCAUUGUGUGGAAUGAAA